AAGAAACGCCCGGCUAGAUUCAAAACUUUCAAAAGUGAAGCGUCAGUUAGAAAUUGGAAAUCGGUGGUCAGCGUGUCAGCGAGUACGGACGUAUUGCUUGAGCCGAUAGACUCAAGGUGUUCUCACAGAAAAAGGAGAACAACGAAAGUGCUUGCAAGCGUUUUGCCCGUCGUACCCUGGCAUCAUUGGACCUACGUCAGAAGACAUGGAAAUGGUCGAUCAGCUCGCGUGCGUUGUUCACGCAUUUUUAAGCAUGGAGAAGAGAAUGCGAGAGGCCACCGAUGUGUUCUCACAGAAAAAGGAGAACAACGAAAGUGCUUGCAAGCGUUUUGCCCGUCGUACCCUGGCAUCAUUGGACCUACGUCAGAAGACAUGGAAAUGGUCGAUCAGCUCGCGUGCGUUGUUCACGCGUUUUUAAGCAUGGAGAAGAGAAUGCGAGAUUCCUCCGACAUCUCUUCUAUGCUCAAAGUAGCUCAGAAUUGCAGGAAAAGGAGCCCAGUCCAUGAGAUUGUCAAAGAAAUUCAUCGGCACAAGGAACAACUCUCCCUGAGACUUGAACGAGAAUUUCAAAAGUUAAUUGUGUCCAAACUGCCCCUGAUGAAACAAAAUAAAUUCUCUCUGAUUGUUGAGCAAUUUUUGCUUGAUGAACUGCGGGCAGAAACAGUGCUCAUGCGAAGGCUUGUUUGCAAGGAAUGCAAACAUAUCGUGUGCCAACCGGAGUUAUCACCUUUUUGCAACACAAACGAUAUGCGCUGUUGGGCAGGCUUUGAGGACCCAAGGAGGUCAUGUUUAAAAGAAAGAUGCGAUGGCAAGUACAUUCAGGAGGUUGUGCUGAAUGAGUCUUGUAUCUGGAUUGACUGCAUGUCGAAGAACAGCCCAAACCGUUUUGAGGAGAUGGAAUAUUUGGCUAACAAUGGUCUCAUGCCAUCUGUGUUGCGGCUGAAUGAAAAAGAAUUCACUCUGAGUGGCGCAUUGAUCCGAGAGCACAGACUUGGCGAUGCAGAUUUUGAGCCAGAAGAAUGUGAUUACCAUCACUUAGGAGAUAUUUUUCUUCACCAGCCUUUGGAAGAAGAAUAUUUAGAUAUUUCUGAACUUGGCUCAAAGUCAGUUGACCAAGGAAAUGCUGAGAGAGCAAGAACAUACUUUGUUGAGAGACAGCAGACAGGAACAUGGAAUAAGAUUGGUUACCUGAACACGGAACUAUGGGGUGAACCGUGGGAAGCAGACGUGGAAAACUGCAGAUUCCCAGGUUAUCCAGCGAGCAGAACGCCCCGCCACCCCGCUGGCCGGAUGACCCUCCUCGCCGCAAGCCUGGUCACGCAGAGCCCAGCCUGAGGACGCCGGGCUGCCCAAGUCCCGACCACCCCAGUUGGGCGGACACUUUUGCCAGCCGGCGACCUGGACCAGGCAGCACCUCCGGACUACUCACACACCAGCCUGACCUACGAGACCCACCCCCGAGUUUUGCCUGCAGAGUUGACAGGUUCCCAGCGAGAGGCCAGGCCUUCACCGUGACUGACGCUAGGCCUCUUCGGGGAACCUGUCCAACCCUGCGGCUGCCCUCCUCACGUGUCAUCUGAGCAGCAACCACAAGACGUCACCCCACUUGCCCCACCUCCCAUCUGUGUUUACCCCAUUUAAUUAAAACACAUUAUCCAAAGAGUUAGAAUUGUACCUUUAUAGGGAAUAUAACCCAAACAA